UUAAAAAACUGGUUUUGUCAUCGAAGACAAAAAGAACAAAAUGGAAUACGGAUCACAAACAAAGAUUUCGAUGAGGUUGAUCAUUUUACUAUUAUCUUUUGGUAUUUUAACGAAGGCUAAAAUUCUAAACGAAUGUGAAGCCAUGCGUGAACUUCAACGUGGUGGCAUCUCAAGAACAUUCAUGAGUAAUUGGAUUUGCCUAAUGAAGAACGAAAGUGGUAUGAAUACUCAGCUCAUCACUGGUCCAAAAGGUGCAUCCAACUAUUACUACGGUAUAUUUCAAAUCAGCAGUAGCAAAUGGUGUACACGUGGUCGUAUCGGUGGUAUUUGUAAUAAACGUUGUGAAGAUUUUGCCAACGACGACAUACAAGAUGACAUAGUUUGCGCUAAAAAAAUUUCUAACAUGGAUGGAUUCAAAGCUUGGAAUGAAUGGACCAAGAAAUGUAAAAACAAACCGUUACCGAAUAUAAGAAACUGUCAAAGGCGACGAUGAAUGUCAUAGAAGGAAAUAAUCGUUGAUUAUUUUAAUGAUCUAUAGAAGGAAAAAUACAAAAUAUCAACGAUUUAUGACUUAGAUAAUACAUCAGUAUGCGUGCCUUUACUGUAUCAAAGGAAGGAAGUAACGGAGAACAGAACGGUCUUGAAACAACGAACGUGUGGCUGAAAUUCUGGAAAGAUGAUCGUGGCGAUGAAAUUCGAAUGUAGUAUCAGUGACCUCUGCAAAGGUCGUUUCUCCGCAUCGUCUUGAAGAAAGUGAAUCAAUGAGAAACGAAGGUAACAGGUAAAUCUCGGUCACUGUUGCUCUUGAGGUGAUCAAAGCUUGCUCAUCGUAACGGAAAGUACCUUCUAUUGGCAAAAUCUUACGAAAAUUUUUUGCCAAACUACGAACGAAUAACUAAAAAUACUAGCAACAAACAAGGAAAUAAGAAAAAUGCUUAUUUCUCAUCGAUUAAAAGAAAGUAACUUUGUUGUAGUUAUUUAAUCGGAGAAUUUCGACUUUACAGAUUUCAUUUAACCGAAGAGAAAAUCUUGUUAAACCGAUAAAUCUAACAUCGAUUUAUACAAAGCAAUGUUAUAAAUAUAGAAACUACGAAUCUUUGUAAAUCCUAAUCCUCUAUAGCUUUGGCAUUACGCGGAUCGUUAAGAUUGUGUAAUUUCCGUAACGUCGUAAGCCACUCUUCUCUACACUACUGAUCCCUAUACAGAGAUAUAUGAAAUAUCGUUCACACGAAGGAAGUACGAGGCAUCGCAUCGAUACGAUGGCAGCAAGCGCGCACCAAAUGAGUUUUGAAACGGAAAAGAAAGUGCUGAGAUUUGAAACGGUGCUAAGAUGAUUAGGAGGGGAAUGGAAUGGAAUAACGUUCACUACACGAGUUAAUAUUGUAACGUUACCAUUUCCACUUUUGAUUACGUUAACGUAACGUUGAUUGUUCUUUUGAAUUUUGGCGUUUCGAAGUUAAUUAUAAUCGAUCGUAAAAGUCACGAUAUCACAUUCGCAUAUAUAUAUAUAUAUAUAUAUAUGUACGUACAUAUUUAUAUACUUGACGUUUCAUUCGUAUAAUUCUAUCUCUCGGCUAAGACUCUUAGAGAAACUACUAUAUGCGAUCUUCUGCCUAGUAGCCGGUUUCUAAUGCGGGCGGCUACGACAUGCAGAGGUUGUUAAACGAUUGCCUAAUCAAAAGAGAAGAAUGUCUUUAACAAUCCAAUCUUUCUCAUAUACUGCUCUUCGAACUUUAUUAUUUAAAAAAUAUAUCGAUAAAUAUAAAAAACAAAGAAUUUGAAGAAACAAAAAAAAACAUUGCUCUUAAAAUAUUGAAAAACUACAUGAAUUUAAUUAAUUACCUAGUAAUUGUAAUUUGUAGAUAUAUCUGUCAAAGAGGGAUAAAAUCUAAGAUCUGUCGCAAAUAUUUAUCUUCAUCGAGCAGAUUCGCAUUAGCAUACUAAUACGAGAGGAGAUACUCCACUACUAAUAACACACUGUAGUUUUAUAAGUUCAGUGGCAGUCGUGCCAACGUGGAGGUCUUUAUUAAAAAUCGCAAAUACGAAUCAAUGAGAAUACUAUAAAAGUUUUCGUCAAACAUUAACUUAUGAUAUAAAUGGAUUUAUACAAAAUACUUUUUUUAUUAAUUUUUAAUCUACAAUCAUAUAUCGUAUGGUAGAAAAUCGAUAAAUUUAUAUUAUUUCAACGUGAAUCUUCGAUUACGCAUCAUCUUGUGUCUUCCCUUUCACCUUUCACUUUUGGCCUUAACGUAUUAGAUCUUUCUCUUCACUCUUGUUUUCUCGAAACGAUAUCUCAGCACAACCAUGGACAACGUACACAAAUCUAAUUCAAUCAGUAUUAUGUAAACAUCCUUGCAUCCUAUGAAAAAUAAUUUAUAAAAGAAUUUUAUUUGUCAAAUUAGCUCUUCAGUAAUAAAUUCCUAAACAAUUUUGUAGAAAUA